AUGCUCUCUUCGUCGGUCCACCAUCAUUUAGCACGGUCGCUGCCUCCUUUGCACGCUGCUCGUCGAUUAUUCACCAAUGGAAGAUGCCUGAGAUACACUGAAGCUACUCAGAAGGUCCAUGAGCCAACUCUUGAACGGCCUAAAUUUGCGGAAAGGCUAGGUCGACCUCAAAUAAAGAACCAAAUCCUGUUUUUUGUAUUUGGGUCGUCGCUCGCGUUUUCCUAUGCCGCAUGGAGAACGAAUUUAGAGACUGAGGCCUGGGCGACCAGGCUGGCUGCAAGCACAAAAUGGACCGAGAUUACUAGCGCAGACCUACGUAGGCUCCAACAGAUCGAUCUGGUCAAGAAUCUUCGGGGGUCCUAUACUCUUAUCCAAGACCAAGCCUCGCAGAUCCCCCAGUUGCUCCGACCGUGGAUCAGCGGAUUAUACCUUGCCUUCGCACAACCCUACGCAGAUGCCUCAGAUGGGCGUCGGCUCUGCUGGAAACUAUGUCUGCUCAAUGCCGGCGUAUGGGUGGCUUGGAAUGUAUCUCGUUUGCAACCUAUGAUGAUUCGUAGUUUCAUGCAUCACCCGCUCUCCGGCUUGUCGUACACCAUGCUCACAAGCACGUUUAGCCAUAGGUCGAUCAUCCACCUCUUGGCCAAUUGUCUAGCGUUGGAAAGCUUCGGUAGCUGUCAUAGAAAUACUCAUCUUUCGUUCGCAGGAUCGUCAGCGGCGGUGUAUCUAUCUCAGUCCCAGUCGUCGGCAUCCCCAGAUCAACUUGAAUCAACAUCGGCAUACCAUUUCCUAGCUUUUUACCUCUCGGCUGGCAUCUUUGCAUCUCUCGUUUCGCAUACCGUGACCGUAAAAUUCAAGUACCCCCGUCUCAUAUCUCGUCUAUCUUCUCCUGCCAAUGCUGCCAAACCCGUCGACACAUGGCAGGCCGCGGUCUCUGCAGUAUCCAACUCGGCAGCGAGUGCAACAAGGAAAGCUGCAGCUUCGUCGAUAAUGCCUUCGUUAGGCGCAUCUGGUGCCAUAUAUGCCUGCGUAACGAUGACAGCUUUAGCAUUUCCGAACGGGCAGAUUGCUUUAACCAUUCCUCCUUCAUAUCCCAUUGAUAUACAGUUAGGCGUGGGUGCCUUACUUGCACUAGAUGUUCUGGGCGUAAUUCGGGGAUGGCGGUUCUUUGACCAUUUUGCCCACCUCGGAGGUGCUGCUUUCGGUGUCGCAUACUACACCUUUGGCCCGACGUUUUGGACCUACAUAAGAGGAGCUGGUGGCACCAAAAAGUCCGAUCAGAAAGAAGAGUAAAGGAAGCAUCGAUUUCCUAGACGUCUUGGAUCUGGAUUCGUAUAAAAUUCAAGACAGUAUUUGUAUUCUCAACUCAUCCACACUCUGUAGAAUCUAUAGAAUCGAGUUAUGCAGUGUCGUGAAGCCACAACGGGUCUGACAAUGUCGCCUUC